AUGGAUUCGUCACUGCAUGAGGUCUGGCAAACUGCUCCAGGCAGCCCAUUCUUUCCCACCGUCGGCAAGGAAAGCCAAUUCACCGUCGGAUUCACCCUGAUUCUCAUUGGCAUAGCCCUGUCAGGUGCCUUCACCCUGAAUCGAUCUCUAGUCAACGUACCUUUACUCGGCAUCCCUGCUUCGUUCGCAUUGGCGGUCGGCACGGUCUACAUGUUCUGCGCAGUCGGAGUCUACGUCUAA